UUAUGAUGGCAUUUAUGGGUACAGGACCAUGCAAACAGCUGUUGGAGUAUUUGGUGGUGAUGGCUAUACAGAUAGGAUGGAUAUAGGUGUUCAUCCUUGUGACAAGAGAGAAGCAUCAGUGAAUAUCAAUGCCUUUUCCCCUCAGUUGACUUUUCGCUGGCAAAUAGAAAGUGAUGAGGAUAUAUUAUGGAAGGCCAAUGUUAGAGAGACGAAGGAAGAACUUGCAGCAAGGGGAAUGAAGUUCAUGAAUUGGGUUUCAGAUGCAACCUUUCGAAGAACAGGAGCCAAGUUGGCUGUGUGCUGGUUGUGUACACGGGAAGAGAAGGAGAUAGCUAUAGUAACUCAUAGUGGGUUCUUGUUUCAUACACUUGGUGCAUUUGGCAAUGACUGUCACCCAUUGGUGAAAAAAAAAUUUGCAAACAGGCUUGAAGAUUUUGCAAUUAUGUGCAGUUUUGCUAAUUGUGAGCUUCGUUCUAUGGUCAUUGUGGACAGAAGCAUGAUAGGGUCGGAUUCCUCAACAACUAAUUAUCCAGGAAAGAUUCCUUCCGGGCCAGAUCUUCCAAGCAGUGUCGUGGAUGAGAAGAACUUGGGGAAAGAUGAGCCCAAUUCCGGGUUACAUUAA